GCCGGGACUUCAUUGUCUCCCCCAGACUUUAGCUGUGUGCCUGCAGGAUCUCAGCCACCAUCACGAUGUCCCCCAAAAAGGCCAAGAAGAAGGAAUCAGCCAGCUCCAACGUGUUCACCAUGUUCGAGCAGUCUCAGAUUCAGGAAUUCAAAGAGGCGUUCACCAUUAUGGACCAGAACAGAGACGGAUUCAUUGACAAGAACGAUCUCAGAGACACUUUCGCCGCUGUAGGUCGGCUGAACGUAGGGAGUGAUGAGCUUGAUGACAUGUUAAAGGAAGCCCCAGGUCCCAUAAACUUCACAGUGUUCCUCAGCAUGUUUGGCGAGAAGCUCAAAGGUACUGACCCAGAGGAGAACAUUCUAAACGCUUUCAAGAUAUUCGACCCAGAAGGAACCGGUGUGCUGAAGGGAGACGAGAUCAAGUUCUACCUGAUGUCUCAAGCCGACAAAUUUACGGAAGCUGAGAUGAGUCAGAUGUUGCAGAUGUUUCCUCUGGACGUUUCUGGCAAUCUCGACUAUAAGAAUCUUUGCUAUGUGAUUACACAUGGAGAGGAGAAAGAGCAGGAGUGAGAAGACUGGCGACUUUUAUUUGUGAUCACAUUUAUACAUUCAUCAGUGCCAAAGUCAUUAUGGAUUGUCAGUAAAUACAUUUUUGUGCCUGAAUAUGAGCCUUUGAAGACUUGAGCUUUGAAGAUUUAAAUAAUGUGUAUGUUGUGGUGUAACCCUUGAAGACGGAUAAAGACUUUUUAUGGAACGUA